AUGGACCCCUACGUGAUUCAGACAAAUGGCAGUGGCAGCCUGCCUUCAGUUCUGGAUGUACAUGUCAAUAUUGGUGGGAGAAGCUCGGGGCAGGGAAAAAUGAAAGGCAGGAAGGCCAGGUGGAAUGUGAGGCCCUCCGACAUGUCCAAUAAAACUUUUAAUCCCAUCCGGGCCAUCGUGGACAACAUGAAGGUGAAGCCCAACCCAAAUAAAACUGUGAUCUCCUUGUCAAUUGGGGACCCUACCGUGUUUGGAAACCUGCCUACAGACCCUGAAGUUACCCAAGCCAUGAAAGAUGCCCUGGACUCUGGGAAGUACAAUGGCUACGCCCCAUCCAUUGGCUACUUAUCCAGUCGGGAGGAGGUCGCUUCCUAUUACCACUGUGCUGAGGCCCCACUGGAGGCUAAGGAUGUUGUUCUGACAAGUGGCUGCAGUCAGGCUAUUGAGCUCUGUUUGGCUGUGUUGGCCAAUCCAGGACAAAACAUUCUCAUUCCAAGACCCGGGUUUUCCCUCUAUAGGACUUUGGCUGAAUCUAUGGGAAUUGAGGUCAAGCUCUACAAUCUAUUGCCUGAGAAGUCUUGGGAAAUUGACCUAAAGCAACUGGAGUCUCUGAUUGAUGACAAAACAGCCUGUCUUGUUGUCAACAACCCGUCAAAUCCCUGUGGCUCAGUGUUCAGUAAGAGGCACCUUCAGAAGAUACUGGCAGUGGCUGAAAGGCAGUGUGUCCCCAUCUUAGCUGAUGAGAUCUAUGGUGACAUGGUGUUUUCAGAUCACAAAUACGAACCAAUGGCCACCCUCAGCACCAACGUCCCCAUUCUGUCCUGUGGUGGGCUGGCCAAGCGUUGGCUGGUUCCUGGUUGGAGGUUGGGUUGGAUCCUCAUCCAUGAUCGAAGAGACAUUUUUGGCAAUGAGAUCCGAGACGGGUUGGUAAAGCUGAGUCAGCGGAUCCUGGGCCCAUGCACCAUUGUUCAAGGAGCUCUGAAGAGUAUCCUUCAGCGCACCCCUCAAGAGUUCUACCAUGACACUUUAAGCUUCCUGAAGUCCAAUGCGGACCUCUGCUAUGGGGCAUUGGCUGCCAUUCCUGGACUCCGGCCAGUCCGCCCUUCUGGAGCCAUGUACCUUAUGGUUGGAAUCGAGAUGGAACAUUUCCCAGAAUUUGAGAAUGAUGUGGAGUUCACAGAGCGGUUAUUUGCGGAGCAGUCUGUCCACUGUCUCCCAGCAACGUGUUUCGAGUACCCAAAUUUCUUCCGAGUUGUCAUCACGGUCCCCGAGGUGAUGAUGCUGGAGGCUUGUAGCCGGAUCCAGGAGUUCUGUGAACAGCACUACCACUGUGCUGAAGGCAGCCAGGAGGAGUGUGACAAAUAG